AUGGAUAAUCUUGUUUUACAACUAAAACAACUCAUUACUAAUCAAGAUAUCAUCACUUCAACAACAACACAUCUUCAUCGACAACAACAACAACAACAACUCACCCCACAUAUUGCCCUCCAACCUGUAUUCGAAUAUAUUCCUCAACCAUUAAUCAACUUUUGGUACAGGAAAACCCCACAACAGAGAAAUACACUUUUAUUAAAAAUCCUUAUCACAACCUCCCUUGUAUUUUAUAUUCUUUUGCCUUCAUUACCAGGAUUCAACAACAAUAACUCGAGAAUGUUUACUAAGCGCCCAGAUAAGCAUACUACAGGAUUAAUUAACUUGAGAAAUGAUUGUUUUGCCAAUUCUUCUUUACAAGCAUAUUCAUCAUUACCUUCAUUGACUGAGUAUCUCAACAAAUUCAUCACCAGUUUCAAUCAACUUGUAAAUUUCAUCAAAUCUCACAAUAUCAAUACUGAUGAAUUGAUUCAAUUAAGAAUUGAACAUCAUAAAUCUCUACAAAAUGACAAAUUCAAAUCAUCAAAUCAAAAAUUUGAUAUUCCCUUGCAUAUAGCAAUGGCCUCAAUGGUGAAGAGGUUACAAGAGACACAAAUGACAUCUAAGACUAUUUCAGUUUGGACUUUUUUACAUGAAUUGGAAAAAAUUUUUAAUGCCAAAAUCUCAAGAAGUCAACAUGAUGCUCAAGAGUUAACCCAAUUGAUUAAUGAAACUUUGGAAAAUGAAAACUUAAAGUUGAAGAGUUUCCAUAAGUUCAUUACUUUACAUUUGCAUCAAGUGGUUCCUAAGGGUGUACAACCGUCACCACAAGAUUAUACCACUUUGGAACAAAUUUCAGUACCAGAGUUCCCAUUUGAUGGUUUGAUUUUGGGUCAAAUGACUUGUUUGACAUGCCAUGGUGUUUCUAAACCAACAUUUACUCCAUUUGUUAUGUUGACUUUACCUUUACCUAUGCAACCAUUGGUUAAAUUGGAAACCUUAUUGGAAGAAAAUGAGAGCGAAACUAUUGAGGGAUACCAAUGUAUCAAAUGCAGGUUAGACAAAAUUGUUGCCAAUGAGAAUGCGUAUGCUGAACAUCACAAUGGAGAGCCAAGACAGGUAUCACCACAAGAAGAGCAAUUCUUACAACAAAUUAAUGAGUUGGAUAAGAAUCCGCACUUGUGUAUAAAUGAAGAUUUGCCUCAACCAUUGGAAGACUAUAUCAAAUCUUACAAUGUUAAUGGAAUUGAUAUCUCAAAGGUUACAUCAACAGUUUCGAAAAAAUCGCAUAUUCUUAAACCACCUAAAAUUUUUGGACUUCAUUUAUCAAGAUCAGCAUUUGAUGGACAGUCAGUUACUAGAAACUCGUGUCGUGUUGAAUUCAAAGAUAGCAUGACCUUAUCAAUUGGUAAAGAAUAUCUGGAACGAUUAAAACAUUUUCAAUCAAUUGUUCAAGAUGACGAAGAAAAACUAUUAAAAAAGCUAACAUCAUCGGUCUUAACUACUGACGAAAAUGACAUGGAGGAUGAAGAUGUUCAACGAGAUGAUUUUGAAGAAAAAGGCCCCGCAGAUGAAGAUGAAGAAGAAAUUUUAACUGAUGACGGAAGAACAACUGAGAAUGGCACCACCGAAGAAGACGAUGACGAGGACGACGAGGACGACGAAGACGACGAGGACGACGAAGACGACGAUACAUCAUCAGUUACCAGUACCGAAUCAGCAGCCCAAACAAUGACAACAGCAACCACUUUGAAAACUGGCGAAACACCAAUCGUGCCCCAACCAUCGAUUAACUCGGCCCCUAUAUCAGAGCAACAAACGGAGAAAUUGAGUCAACAUUUUAAAAAAUUCAAGUUCAAUGAUAACGACAUGUACAAGUACCGAUUAAGAGCAGUUAUCAAACAUUUGGGCUCCCAUACACAAGGGCACUACGAAUGUUAUAAGCACAAACCCCUCUAUGUAAAGGAUAAGGAUGGUAACAUUUUCAAAUUGUCGCCGGAAAUCAUGGACUUGUCAGGAAAUGUUCACUGUGAUGCCGCUCCAGUUGAAUCUGCACCAAAAGAUGACAACAGUAACUCCACCUCCAACAAUGCGUCAACAUCAUCGUUUUCUCUUGGUCGUAAGAGCUCAAUGAGGAAACUGAGUCGUUCAAUUAGUAGUGGAUCGGAUAAAGAUGACGAUGGAUUACGCUCGAAAUUCUCAAGUCUUAUGGGUAGACGUCCAUCAGUUAUUCAAGCCAAUCCUAGAAAUGUUGAAGAAAUUUUACAAACCGGAUUACAUACUCCAGCGGAAAUUUUGGUUGAUGAUCCAUUGAAAAGUAGUAAUAGUUUCGAAGAUGCAUUUGCACAACAUAAUUUCAAAGAACAACAACAGCAACAAGGACAUCAAAUUAAGUCACCGGGUGAUAAUGGACACAGUUCUACUCGUCAGCAUCCCUUAUCACAAGAAAUAAAUGGUGAUGAAGCUGAUGCAAAAGCCUCUCUAUCCGAGCCACAAAAGAAGGUCAAGAUGAAAAAGAUUAAUUCAUUAAUAUCAAAUCCUUAUUGGAGAAUUAGUGAUGGUCAAGUUAGUGAAGUUUCACGUGCAUCCGUCUUAUCUGAGGAGACAUCUGCUUACAUGUUGUAUUAUGAACGAGUUGAUAGAAAACAAAUCAAAAGAUCGCAUCGUAAAUAG